ACCACUCGAUAACGGGAUAUGUCAUUAUGUUGAAAGUGCUUUGAUGCGAUCACCACUUCCUUAUUCAAAAAUGAUCCACGACAGUCCAGCGCGUGCCUGUUACGUGACACUACUAUUCGACUAUAAAACGUGCCCUGACUUCGUACGAGGAGUUUAAGAGUCUUACGCAUUGGUGCCCAUUGUCACUCGUCUAACGGUUAGAUACAUUCACAGUCUUUGCCGAGGUGUACACGAGGGUGACGUUCGGUUGAGUUCCAUUUCCUAAUGUGUCGUUGUAUUAAGAAGAUGUUUCUUCCGACGAGGACGGUGCGUUCAGUGCAUGUCGUGCUGACGGUGACGUUCGCCAUUUGUACAUUCGUGCUGUCCAUGAGGGAGAUUUCCAGAUUUGAGAAGCACUUCCGUCGACGUCAUUCGAUCUUCGGGGAUGCAGAUGUCUUGAAAGAUAGUACAGAAAAAAGACGGUUGAUUUUCCCUCAUAUCAACGAAAGCAUGUUUAACGCGAGCUCUUCAAAGCGAAAAGAAUCUCACGAGACCAAGAAUAAAAGAAAAUAUACUAAAUCAAUUGUGUGGUUCAAUACACCGAACUGGUUUACUCGCUUUUCGUCAGAAUCCAUAUUCUCUGGAUGUGAAGUCAGCCAGUGCACAAUGUCUUACGACCAUCAUGACGUUCCCACCGCUGAUGCCGUCCUCGUGAACGGCAUUAACAUCAGCGACAGCUCACCACCACCUCGACGACCGGAGCAAAUGUUUGUGUUUUUCAGUCUGGAGCCGCCAGUGUACAUGGAUAUUUCCACCAAGUGGCAACAUGCUUUCAAUUGGACAAUUACCUACAGACGGGACUCGGAUGUAUGGAGAUCUUAUGGAGAACUGCGCCGCAACAGGACAAAACUCAGCAUGGAUUAUUUUGAAAAGAUUUUGAAAAAAAAGACCAAAGCUGUUGCUUGGUUUGUGAGUCGAUGUGUGUCCCACAGCAAACGGGAGAGAUAUGUUCGCGAAUUAAAAAAAUACAUUCAAGUUGAUAUUUACGGUCGGUGUGGUCCGUACAAGUGUGGCAGCAACUGCUAUCAAAAGCUGGAGCAGUAUCGCUUCUUUCUUGCCUUCGAGAAUUCCCUGUGCGUUGAUUAUGUUACAGAAAAAUUCUUCAAAACGUUCAAAUACGAUGUUGUCCCUGUGGUAAGAGGUGGAGCAAAUUACUCGAGUUUGUUUGGUGAUGGGUUUCUCAUCAAUACAGCCGAUUUUCGAUCUGGUAAAAAGCUUGGCGCAUACCUGAGUUAUUUAAUGAAGGAUGACACAGAGUAUUUAAAAAUAUUGAGAGAAAAGCAGAAAUAUUAUGUUGCUUUUCCUCGGCCAUGGUGUGACUUAUGUAAAAAGCUUCACAAUGCGGAAGAAUAUAGUAAAAGAAUUGAUAUCGAAUCCUGGCUUGGGGAACGUAAUUGUCACUUGCCUUCAGAUUUACGUUCAAGUAAAUCAUAAUAUUUCCUUACUCCUUACUGAUAUAUAUAUAAUCAAAUUGGUAUCAGGUUGGUAAAAGCAGGCCAACACUUCCUUCAUCCAGGAGAACACUAAAAUUUGCCAAUACAUUUAAUUACUGGGUGGUAGACAUUCCUUGCACGACAAACGUAAUUGUCACUUGACUUCAGAUUUAUAUUCAAGUAAAUCAUAAUAUUUCCUAACUCCUUACUGCUUUUUAAAAACAAAUAUCAUCAAAUUGGUAUCAGGUUGUUAAAAGCAGGCCAACGCUUCCUUUCAUCCCGGAGAACACUAAAAUUUGCCAAUACAUUUAAUUACUGGGUGGUAGUCAUUCCUUGCAAGACAAACGUAAUUGUCAUUUGCCAACAGAUUUACGUUCAAGUAAAUACUAUGGUUUCAAAUUAACCCCAUAGCAUAACACUCUGACUUUAAAAUCUUUCGGAGCAAAUUUGUAUCAGUGUGAUUACACUAGACAGUUUUGUGGCAAGCCUCAUCCAGGGGAACACCUACACUUGUCAAUGUAUCCCAUUUUUGGGAAGACCCUAGCUGAAUAAUAUACCAUUUUUAAUGUCAUAAGGACACCGAAUUGCAUUGUCAAUGCCAAUGAUACGCCGGAUGCCGAGCCCUGUCGUAUUCAGGAUGCCACAGUGCGAGGACGCUGGAUGUCAUGUAAGAGUGACAAAUGAGUAAUAUAUUUAGCCUUUAAACUUUGAGCACGCAUGACCAUUUAUUGUAUGUGAAAGUCCCGGUCUAAUUAAUUUGUACCAGCUGUGCUCAGUUAUAUGAGUCAAGUGAUGCCAAGACAAAUUAAGUGGUAUGCCGGAUGCCAAGAUAAGGGGCAUUGGCACCCUCCUACCACAGAUGGUUUCGCCUGUUAGAUGAAUCGGUCUCACCCAAGAAGGUUGUUAUAUCAUGUCACUGCGGUCCGUAGACGACAAUGCUUUGCCGUUGUGUCCUCACAGCGCUAAGGUCUGACUCGUCGAGAUAUCCAUCUUGAUCUCCUAAAAGUUAUCGUUUCUUCCAAAAUAUGUACCUUGGCCUUUUGAUGCAUUCCAGUGCUCUUUUGUAUAUUUUCCAUAAUUUGUAGAACCCGUGAAGAUCCGGGGUAGAAUAGGUCUUCAGCAACCCAUGCUGGCCGUAAAAUGCGACUAUGCUUGCCGUAAGAGGCGUCUAAGAGGGAUCGGGUGGUCAGGCUCGCUGACUUGGUUGAUACAUGUCAUCAUAUCCCCAUAGCGUGGGUCGAGGCUCAUAAUGUUAAUCACUGGAUUGUUUGAUCCAGACUCGAUUAUUUACAGACCGCGGUCAUAUAACUAGAAUAUUGCUGAGUGCGGCGUUAAACAACAAAAAAACAGUGUUUGUAGGAACUGAUUAUUUUUCAAAAUUUCCGCCGCUAUACGUUAAGUUGAGUUGCGUGCUUUGACGUGCCAUAAACCUAUAAUCGAGUGUUCGAAUCCCAGAUUCACCCUGGUUAUUAUUCCAGUUUUCUAAGCUCCUUCCCCAUACUCGUGGGUUUCCCCAAAGUGCUUAACGUCUUGGACCUGCUUAACUUUGUGCCUUCCUCCCACAUUAAUCUGACAAUCGUGAUCAAACUGAAAUACCGUCAAAAGCGGCGUUAAACCUAAGUUACAUUUUUUCCCCUGGUCUAUGAAUCAAUGUGCACUCAAAUUUUAUUAUCACCCCCCUGGGAAGUACACACAAUAAGCUGCCGUAUGAGGCGCUAGAUGAUUUACAGACACAUUGUCAUCUUUUGCUACCGGGUACCCCUUCACUGCUGGGUUAACAAAGGCGUAUUUCAGACGAAGUUUCUUGCCUUUUGAGAUAUAAAAUGUAAAAUGUAUUUCAGUGUGGGAUGGGACCGAAGCCCUAGAAACUCUUAGCAGUCAAGCUACCGACCACAGUCACCCAUCCGCGUACUCUCUGCGACCAACGUUGUUUACCUUCGCCUGAAUUGCAGUACACAGUACCACGUGCUCCAUAGACCACGUAGUUUAAACCAGUUUAUUGAUAUACAGUAAAAUACGUUUAUAACGAACACGCUUAUAACGAACUGACGGUUAUUACGAACUUUAUUUUUGGUCCCGGCCAUUUGCUGUAUAUAUGUUGUAUAUGUGGUUAUAACGAAUUAAGAUUUGUGGUCCAUUUGAGUUCGUUAUAACCGUAGUUUACUGUAUGUGUAAUUACGAAGGCUCCAAGUGUCGUACCUAGAAUUUCCUUGAACAUUAUCUUGAUACUUGAUGAAAUUGAUACUUGAUAAAUUGAUACCAGAUACGUAUAAAGUUGAUAUUUGAUACUUUAGACAUUCAGCACGACUAUUAUCUCUGGAAACUUUACACGUGUGUUCGAUUUACCAGCAAGUUUCAAAUUCGUCGUGUGUCACUUUUCAUUCUGAACCUCUUUUCUUGAAACACAAACUUCGGAUAAACUGGGUCAAAUUCCACUCCCCGACAAACUUCUCUUCACUGCAAAAACUUCCAGGUUCACACAGUUACAUUGCUUCCCCGAACUAAUGUUCUCAACACGCUUUUUGCCAGUGUUUGGCAGUGUUGUGUGGCAUUCAUUUUACAAACAGUGUCAAGCGGCAUUACCUUUACCAUGUUCACAUGUUUCACACAUAAACUUGUGUUGCAUUUACGUAUGUUUCACACAAUGAAUUGUGAUGCAUUCAGUUAUGUUUCACAUGAUGCAAUGUAUUGCAGUCACAAUACUGUUUUGCAUUCAGUGAUGUCUUGCACAUUUUUGUGUUGAAUUCAAUUGUUUCACACAAGACGAUGUGAUGCAUUAGUUAUGUUUCACACAAGAUGAUGUGAUUCGUUCUGUUAUGUUUCACACAAGAUGAUGUGAUGCAUUCAGUUAUGUUUCACACAAGACGAUGUGAUGCAUUAGUUAUGUUUCACACAAGAUGAUGUGAUUCGUUCUGUUAUGUUUAACACAAGAUGAUGUGAUGCAUUCAGUAAUGUUUCACACAAGACGAUGUGAUGCAUUCAGUUAUGUUUUACACAAGAUGAUCUGUUGCAUUUAGUUUCGUUUCACACACAUUGUCGUAUUUUUUCAUGUUCGUGUCAUAAACGUCACUUUGAAAUUUCUAUUCUCAGGAAUAUUCAAUCAUUUGCACAUAUGACCUUGCAAACAUUUGCAGAAGAAAAAUACAAUAAUCUUCAUAUAAUGAUUAUGUUGUGUUGAUUAACUUGACGUUGUUUCUCAAUAGUGUUUCAAAAUCAGUAGUUUCACACUGUAAGACAUCAUUGCACUUGUUUUGAGGCAUAUGACUGCUUUUCCAACAUUCCAUGUCUUGUUUUAUGCUUUGUAAAUACAAUAGGGGCCGACUAUUUGAUAUUCUUGGGAGUGAGAUUGGGGUGAGAGGGUUUAUGAGAUUUUACGGAACACAAAUCAAUGGAACAAAAAUUAUGCUUUAGACAACUGAAUAAAAAGAAGAAAUUGUGUACCACAACAAAAUACAUUGUUGAAGAUGGUUUAGAGAAUUGGCUCUUCGUUUUGACUGAAACAGUUCCUGGUGGUUUUGCGGCUCUAGCUGAAACAAUUUCGCAUUCCAUACCAACCAUACCCCCGACCCUCUACAAUAUCAAUUGGUCGGUCCCUUAGAAUCAAUAUUUAGAUGAUACUUUGUAUAUUUUGAUGUAUGUUGUUGUUUACAUGCAUUGUUUACACGUACGGUACAGUAACAAACCUGCUCAUCGACAAUGACUUAUCUGCUCAUUCUUUGAUAAAACACAAACCAACAACAAAUAUUAUAAUUCCAAAGGUUUUAUCAGCAUUCCUUGUCAUCCUGUCUACAUGGCAACCGACUGGCUAGACUGUCUCACAGUCCGGGAACCAUAUUGUAUUCCCUUUGCCCAGUUUUUACUGUAAUGCUCUACGCCUAAAUGAAGCAAGAUUACGUUUUCCACAUGUUCUCACAUCUCACUGGGGCUCCUUUUCAAUUUGAAUUUAGUUGCUUGUUUCCAUCAAAGUUAUAUAUUUUCUGAGACUUGGCGUUAGUCUACCGUCUGGAAUGCCAUCUUUUUCUAUUUGCAAAGGGACACAGCGGCCCAGUCAUCUAAGACGCAGAAAUUCGCUAUGAAAACUUGCCUUCUUCAGGCGUGCCAGAAACCUAUGAUCAUGGGUUCAAAUCCCAGAUUUUCACUGAUUAUAUUUUCUAGAUUUCUCAACACCACGCCUAUGCUCAAAGAACUGCACAACUUCUAACUACACCCACAUCAGGCUGACAAUCGCGAUAUGAUUAGAUAUUGUUCAAGGCCCCGUUGAAAUCACCCACUGUAUAUAACAUGAAAACAGCGGAAUAUCUCAUCACAGUGUUUUUUUUUCUAUUUUUCAAUAGUUGGACGUCACAGAGAUACGUACAUGUAGCUCUUAACUGUUUCAUUGAUUAAAUUAGUUUUUGGCAGUCUUCAGUCUGAAUAUGUUUUGUGUUGAAACUGUAAGGUUUGGGCCAAUUCAAACUUUUAUCUUUACCUUACAAUAAAAAUACUUGAAUUUCAUUGGUAAAUGGAGUAAAGAUAAAUUUUCAUCAUCCUGGCUCUUUGGGUAUGUUGAGCUGGGAAUUAUUAUUCAUAUGUGAAGUACGACACCUCGUUAUACUGGACAGUACCGUUUACAUCAAAAUCGACUGGAUUAAAUGAUUAGCGAAUCAUUGUUACUUAAUAUCCUUUGUAUAAACUAGAGGUCUGGAUUUCUGGAUAUUGUUUGAACUAUCGGUCAUCAAGAGCCCGUUUUACUGGAUAUUGAAUGAACUAUCGGUCAUCAAGAGGUCGGGAUUUCUGGAUAUUGUUUGAACUAUCGGUCACCAAGAGGUCGGGAUUUCUGUAUAUUGUAUGAACUAUCGGUCAUCAAGAGGUUGGGAUUUCUGGAUAUUGUAUAAACAAUUGGUCACCAAGAGGUCGGGAUUUCUGGAUAUUUGUAUGAACUAUCGGUCACCAAGAGGUCGGGAUUUCUGGAUGUUGUAUGAACUAGCUGGUCUACAGUGGGUGUCUUAUUAUAACGUUAAAAUUCUUUUACUGUUGAUGUAUGCAGAAAGGUAGAUUGAAUUGAAUGUUGACGUAUUAUGUCACGUGUUACGUUAGGUGUGGUUUUGUUUUGGUAUGGCCCGACGACUAUGGUCAGUUUGAAAAAGCAAACCAUGGGACGUAAAGGAAUGAUAUUGUAUUUUAAAACAUAUCAACGUGUAAUGUUUCAACAAUUUGUAAGAAAAUGGUGUCAAAAAUAUUUAUAUUUUAUGUAUAUACAUAAGUUUGUAUAUGUGUCACGAUUAUUUCUUCUGUAUAUUCACUUACAUGAAUUCGUAAUAAAAUUAAAUACAUUUUA